CCCAGGACCUAACAGUACUGACGAAUCUUUCAAGCACUUGGUACCACAGAAUAAUCUGUGGUAUAGCAUUGUGAAUGCAAAAUUGUAAAUAGUUUUACAUUUAGAGGUCGCGAAGCCUUUGUACGGCUAUUGGUAUUACUAACGAGUAGUUUAAGCAGUUUAAGCUUAGAACGAGAAAAGAAAAAUUUAUUGUGUUCAAAUAUUUUUAUACAGGAGUGGGCGACAGAAGGUUAUCAGUUGUGGAUGGUGAAAGUCGAAGGAGACGCUAGUUCAAAUUUGUUGCAGCUGGAUUUCGUGAAAAGUCCGCUUAGUGUUAACCCUUGUAUGAGCAAUCAAAGGCAUCUAUAUUUGCAAGCAGACGACAAAUUGUACGUGAAUCUCGAAGACAAUCUGACUCGUAGAACUAAGAUAUCUAUCAUAGAUUCAUCCUCCGAUGCCUAUCAGACUGAGAAUGGCAAUGACCAACCUAACUUGGACUAUGACAGCAGUACUAAAUACAGAGAGUUUGUGGAUGACAACGAGUGCAGGAAACAGUGGAUUAUAUUGCCGCUGCCUGCCACAUACAUAGCUACUAACUGGCCUUUGAGGUUCAGUGCUAUAGACGAGGAGGGCAUGAACGUGAGCGUAGCCGGUCGUACUGGUCUAGCUCAUUACAGUUGCGCGUCGCGACGAUGGAAACUAUUCGGUAAUGAGGCUCAAGAGAAGGACUUCGUUGUUACCGGCGGCAUGCUGUGGUGGAACGACUAUAUAGUUAUAGGUAUAAUUUUUUUAAAAUUAAUAAUAUGAUUCUGGGUUUAUUAUAUUUAGCAUUUAUAUAGCACUAGAAUUGCGCCCAGCGUUUUCACCCGCGUGGUCUUCGUUUAUAUGUAGAUAUAAACCUUCCUCUUGAAUUACUCUCUAUAUUGAUGAAAAUCGCAUUAAUUUCUGUUGUAUAGAUUAAAAGAUCUCAGCGUGCAAACAGCAGGAAGUGACUUUUUUUUAAUACUAUGCAUAGAUAAAAAAUUAUACAAAACUAUUUUUUUUUUACUUACUUUUAAAUCUUAAUGGAGUUAGGAUAGAGUUCAAAAUAAUUUUUUGUUAUUGUUUGA